AUGUUACGAGAAGACCGACUUCUGCGUCUCAAUAACCCAGCGCGAACAGAAUUUCAGCCAAACCGCUCUGUCAGCCUUCCACUAGAGCGUUUCAUCAACGACAAGUUUGAUCUGGAUCUGGAAGUGCAUACUGAAACCGAAGUUGGAUUUCCGCCAGAAUUCAAAUCCUCUCUUGUACCGAAAUCAUCUGGCGAUUCUGCCACUGCAUCAACUCCCAAAGUACCUUUGCGAACUUCUAGUCGUCCUAGGCUUGUCCGCGGCAAGUCUGCCUCGGAUUUGAAAGCCGGAGGACAGCCGCAAAGCACGAUGGAUCGCAAUCUUAAGACAUUUGGCCUAAAUACUGCACAGCGUGCACUCAAGCACCAAGAACAACCGAAAUCUCUCCAGUUACGAAAACGUCUGACCGCUCAUCCCAGUCUCGAGAGCCUAGGUGUCAGGAAACAGGAGCUCACGUAUGUCGAGGAAGACGAGUCCGAGUUGUUCGAGUCCCGCGCAGCCUCGCCAAACAAGCAAUACAGGAGGCCAAGGGAUCAGCUUGAUGAGAAGAUCAACUCCAUUCUCAGCACCCUUCCUGGCCGCAUUCAUCUCGUUGACCCUAAUAACGAGGCUGACACAUCAUCCUCAUCUUCUUCCAUGGAUCAGAAACCGCGAGAGAGGCAAUCAUCUGAACCUCCAAAUCUUCCCUUAUCUCGCAGUAUGACGCCUGCUCCCUCUUUGACACUCAUGCCUGCUGCUCGACGGCGGCUGUCUCAUGCGCACAAGACCGAGGACAGUUGCGUCAAACUGUAUCACCUGCACCAUGGUGGACAAGCAGUGCCAACAAAGCUCUUUGUACGGACCGUCGGCGAAGAUGGUCAACGCGUGAUGGUUCGAGUAGGUGGAGGCUGGGCAGAUCUUGGUGAGUACUUGCGUGAGUAUGUAAUUCACCACGGUCGCCGCAAAGUAUCAGAGACACCGAGAGUGGAAGUGAAAGGCCUUGCGUCUCGUUCAUCACCGGGCUAUUCAUCCCCCGGAACCAUGUUGACCCCUGCCGUCUCGUCUCAUAUCACAUCGGGCAGAGCAACCCCAUCUCGACCUCCAUCGGCCAUGAGCGCACGUCCAGGUUCGGCGCUCACUGUCCGCAAGACACGGCGUGGCUCCAAUGCGUCUGAUGCAAUGGUCCCCAGAUCCGUCACCACCGGGUCCUUGCUUCCCUCGCCGUCCCAGGCAGUACCUCCAUUGAGUAGGCGACGCCUCUCCAUUUCUUCUAGCUACUCCGUAGGCGAUACCCAUGUGCCAGCCAUCUCUACGAUCCCGCAUCUGGCUUCCGAUUCCCACUCCACUCCUCUGGGCCUAGCUGGUCCGAAGCCCCGCUCACGCCAGAUCUCAAUGAGUCCCGAAGGUGAAGCCUGGGUCGAAGAUGUCCUUCAGCAGACGCGACGAUCCAGUUCGUUCAACCCUUCGCCCUUCGCCCUUAGUACUGGCCCCGGAAGCGAGAAUGGCGAGCAGCACGAUGCUCCCAGCCACGAUCACCGCCCCGUCCCCAAAGUACGAAGCAUCAGCGAUAUUCGGUCUGUCAGUUCAAGCAGACGAGUAUCGCUGAGGGGACUGGGCAACCACAGAUAA